ACGCGCAUCUGGCUGCCCGAGAGAUACAGUACCGUACAGUUGUCAAGAGGGAGGAUUCGGGCUUUCCCGUUACCGGAGCAGUAUGACCUUAACGGCUGUUUGUGGCUCGUCAACCGGGGUGAUUACGCAGAGGACAGGGGAUUGACAGACAGGCGCUCAGGAAAACAUCCCGAAGACACUUUUACCACAGAAAGUUGGGGUUGUUUGUGUGUCGGUAACGGUGUGAACACACGAGCUCAUUGCUUGCCCAUGCGUCCUGACUGUCGAGAGACUUCUCUGCGCGUGAUUCCAAACGCCCUCUCCCUGCAGGGUCAUGGGCUGCAGGCUUCCUAAGCUGCGGAGGGCGGGGGAGGAGAGGAGUCCCGGGAAGAUUUUCUCCACCCUCCGACGGCCGCAGGUGGAGACCAAGGUGGGCGUGUCCUACACCUACCACUUCCUGGACUUCCUGCUGGGGAAGGAAGAGGUGUCUGUGUCGUCAGUGCUGUGUCUGUCGUCAGUGAGAGAGUUACCAGUCCAGGUGAGGGAGCUGUACGGUCAGGGCUUUGUCCUGGUGGCUGUCCAUCCCUUCGUCCACCCCUGUGGCCCCAGGCCCGCACGCAUCCAACGCCAGCUACACAGAGCCAUCCUCAUCAGAGAGACACACAGUUCAGAGAAGACCCAGCUGAAGUGGGCGGGCCGUCGCCUGGAGACAGACGUGUGUGUGGCGGGUCAACAGGCCCCCGACCCGGAUGUCAUCCAGAACUACGUGAAGAAGAUCCAGGAUGCGGCGGAGCAGGGUGUGCUGUUUGUGGGCUUCCUGCAGCAGCCUGGUGGGGGACCCUGUUUCCUGGGGCACAUGGACCCUGAAGACCUGUCCUCCCUGCACUCCAGCCCCUCCCCCAUACACAGACACCCUGCCAGUACCACAGCCCGCUGCUCAGAACCCACUAUAACAGAACUCAGCCCUACAGACUCUACGGAACCCCACCAGAACCUCCUAGAACCAGAACACGACCGGAACACAGAACUGAAAACACCAGAAUACAAGUCGGUAGAACUCAGAACAAUUGAACAGAACCCUACAGAUACCAGUCAGGUGGAGCUGGACUUGAGCUCAACAGAACUGGUAGAAAACACACAGGUCUCUACUUCAGUUGAGUCAACAGACAGAGAACACAUCCACAGUCCAGUCAGAAUACCCUCAAUAGAGGACCAACCAAACCACUGUCCAAUAGAACCAGCAGAACCACCAGAGAGACUGCAGAGUCCCAGCCCAAUAGAUCCAGCCUGUGACCAACAGAAUCACAACCACGUCCCAACUGAACUCCGUGGCGACCAGGAUCAACUACAGUCCUGCAACCCAAUAGAGACCACAUGUAUAGAGAGACAACAGAAUGAAAGCCAAGCAGACUUCAUCAGGACUCUACUACCAAACUUCAGCCCGGCAGAGUUAACACAUGGACUUGGUGGUCCAGACGCAGACAGACAGUGCCAGGGAGACAUAAAGAGUCCAAUCCCUCAGACACAGAACCAGAGAUGGAUACCGGAACAGUUCUACAGCACAGACGACCUGGUCCGGUCACCAGAACUAGACAACGCCGACCGCGGGUCGGAGUCCGGGGCUGAGAGGGGGUGCAACCGUGGAAACGGGGGUACGGACGGUGACCUGGAUGAGCAUCAGAGGAGCAGCAGAGUCCCGACCCACAACAACAACAAUCACAUCCGGGUCAAGAGUCCAGACAGAGAUAAGAGGGCUGUGGGGUCUCCACCAGCACAGAGCAGGGUGCAGCUGUUUGCCCUCUACAACCACACGGGGGAGCUGUCCAGCUCUCUGAGGUUCUACUCCCUCAGGGUUCCGCUGGGGCUGCAGAGAGAGGCAGGGUUAGUGACAGAGGUCGAUGCCCACUGGCUAGAUCACAUGACCCAGCAUUUCACCAGUGGAGCUCGCCUCAUCGACGGUUUCUUUCACCUUGGAGACGACAAUGACAGCGGGGUCUCCUCCGUGGACAGUGUGUUCAUCUUUCAGAGCUCCUCAGAAGAAACUCCACCCAUUUCAUACGACGCCAUUGUGGUGGAGCAGUGGACCAUUGUUGAUGGUGUAGUGGUAAAGACUGACUACAUCCCCUUGCUCCAGUCUCUGGCUCCCUAUGGCUGGAGGCUGAUGUGUGUUCUGCCUACUCCCAUCGUUAAGACCAACAGUGAUGGCAGCUUGUCCACAAAGCAGAUCCUCUUCCUCCAGAGACCUGCCCUGCAACGCAAAAGGAAAGACUUCAAGAAGUUGAACCUCAGGGGUCUGAACAAGGCGAAGAAAAACUCUGCCGGAGAAAUGCUGAAAGAGGAGAGAAAGAACACGUCCCCAGUGAUGGAGAGAGGGAUGGAUGGACAGAAGAGGAACACGGAAGAGGAGGAGAGAGAGUGUGAGACAGAAUAUCAAGAAGACUUCCCCCAGGGUACAGAGGAUGGGGCCACAGACCUCAACCAGGAAGUAGAGCAGGAGAAUGGCAAAGUCCCAUUGGCCAGACAGGAGAAGGCUGUUAGGUUUGCAGAUGUCAAUCAGAAGAAUGAUGAAGUGAAGUCAGAGGAGAAGAUCACACAGCAGCUGAGUGAAAGAGCGCUGUUUUCUGGAGUAUGUUAAUUAAGAACUGACAGAUAGAAUCAGGGCCCGUGGUCAAUAAAGCAUCUCAGAGUAGGAGUGCUGGAGUGUAUUCAUUAUGGCGAUUCUGUUGCAAAACAUUUCAUCUGUUGCAAAACGUUUUGCAAACAGAAACUGUUUACUCCGAACGGAAAACGUUUUGCAAUGGAAACUAUCGUUUCUAUUGGACGAAUUCAGGUAGGUCCCUCCCUGUUUCGUUCCAUUUGCUCUGUUUGCUUCCGUUUGGUUCUUAAACGGUAAAUGGUUUCCGUUAAAGGACGUAAUGAAUGCCCCCAUGAUCUAGGUUCAGUUUUAUCUCCUAAAGCAUAAUGAAUAAGCAGGGAUAACUGAUCCUAGAUCAGCACUCCUACUGUGAGACACUUUGUGAAUACAAGCCCCGACCUGGCUUCAAAUAGUAUUUAUAAGAUUGCUUGUAUGGUGCCUUGCCUGGAUGGAACCAAUGGAAUAUUCCCAAAAGUGCAAACCCAGCCCACAUGACACUCUAGGCAGGCUCAUGCAAGUUGUAAGAUUUCUAACUAUUUUGUCCCAGUACUGGAAGUACUAAAUAAACAGAAUGACAGAAGAUGAAGAACUAUGUGGAUAUUCUAAGAACUAGUAGCUCAUCGACGGAAACCAAGGCUCUUACCAGAAUGGUGAUUUAGUUCAAAGCCUUUAUAUUCCUGCUAUUGUCAUAUAUAGAUUUCUAUAUGGAUCUGUGUAUAUUCAUAUGGGCUGCUGCCAACAUGUAACGGCUUCAAUCAGCCUUCAAGGCACACAUUUCACCUUUUGACCUCUGUUGCCUCAGAUGUUGUCAUGUGGAGUAGGGUGAAGUUGCCCGUAGACGCUGAUCCUGGGUAAAUUUAACAUUUCCUCCACCAAUGGUAAAGGUUAGGAUUGGGGCAGGGGAAGCUGAUCCUAGAUCUGUACCGAUGGCAAACUUCACCCCAGAGUGUUGUAAUGGAUUAGCUUAUUAGGCAUUAAUAUAUGGAGGUGCAUUUGUACAGUUGUUAUGCAUCUGCUUUGGGCCAGUGUCAUUGGUUCAUGUAGUGGCCAAUGAGAAUGUGCACAUGAUGUAGGUCAGGGUUUAGAGGUAAGAGCCUUAAUUGCCAUGGUAACAUAAAUGUUUUCCCCUACCUAUGGAUCACUGUUUAUAGAUCUAUAUGUAUCAAAGAAUACUGUACAUUUAAGUAGAUACUCUACUUCUCUAUUUAACCCAUUAUAGUCAAGGUCUAUGGCCCUGAGUGAAUACUUAAUCUACAUAUCAUGAUUGGAUAGGUGUCAUGGUUCCACUGCAUAGCUUUCACCUACCAUGUUAUGUCAGGUCAGUGAUUAUACUUUAUGGAAGGGAUUUAUGGAGUACAUUUUAGGAAUAUUUGUACGGCGCCAUAGUCCUCUUCCUGCUCUGGAAGUGUGUUGUGUGAGUGGUGUGGUAUGCAAGUCUUUGGUAGUGUCCUAAAUGGUAACGUAUUCCCAUUCAGCUCUGGUCAAAAGCAGUACACUAUGUAGGGAAUAGGGUGCCAUUUGGGACGUAGCCUCCUAUUACAGACAAACAGGAGGAAUAAACAGUUCACAAAACAAUAUGUGGAUUCCAUUUUCUUUUAUUUCAACCUGCAUUCAAAUUAUACUGAUGUCUGUGUAAUCUCCUCAGUCUCCCUACAUCUGAGGAGCAAAAACUCCGAAAAAUAUGUUAAAAUCAUCACAGCAACCCCCACAGAGAAACGAAAACCAGAAACCAUCUGAGGGAGACGUCAUGCUAUGGACCAAUCAGGCACCACCUGGAGGUUCCAUUACAGUGCACCAUGGGAGAUCCCCUCUGCCCCUGUACGCAAACUCAUUUGAGUAUGUGAGACGUGUGUAAUAGUCCCCUGUAGCUCAGUUGGUAGAGCAUGGCGCUUGCAACGCCAGGGUUGUGGGUUCGUUUCCCAAGG